AUGCACACAGCCCUCGGCCCACAGCCACAACAGGCGCGACGCCGGGGCAGAGCACAAACUCCACACACCGCGCGGACCGAAACCGUUGUGGAACCCAUGGUAGUGUGGGCUAUUGCCACGGGUCAGGGGCACGAAUUCUAUCUCGAUUCUAGUGCAGAAUCCUGCUGUGAUACAUACUGUGAUCUGCCGGGAGAACUACUAAUAACCAGCAGUGUCCUGCCGUGGAGAUAA